UAAAGCCCACUAGCUUAGCAGCAUCCCUAGCCUUUCUCCACUAGCUCACCGCCCCUGCGGCACGUCAAAUUAACUAAAUGAAGCACUCGUACCUAACGGAAGCUCGUGUGAUCAAAGUUAAGCUACCGGGGUGAGCAAAGGGCGAGAGUCAUAAAGCGACUACUUCUCUGAACAGUUUUUCUACAUUAGACAGCGGUUGAACCUGUCGAGGAGGACCAGUCUCCGGUUUAUUUCCGGCGUUUAACGUCCGAGUAGCUACUCCCCCCCCCCCCCCCCCACUGGGCUUGUGUUUGUCUGAAUUGAUCCGUUAAUGGGGUGGAAAAUACGUUACUGCUAAUCGACCGUUCGAAAGAUGUCUGAAGGCGGCGAUGGCUUCCCGUGGACCGUGGUCGUGCUCACCUGCCAACACAAAGACAGCGUGUACUCCUUCCAGAGAGAGCUGGAGUUGCGGCAGCAGCGCGGCUCUCUCUCUGCGGGUGCGUUAGUUUUGACGGUGCAGGACCGCCAGGAGCCGCUGGGCAGCGGGGGGGCAACGCUAAACGCUCUGCUGGUUGCCGCUGAACACCUGAGCAGCAGAGCAGGACACACGGUGGUGACAGCUGACGUCCUGGAUGAAGCUCACGUCCUCAUCCUCCACUCGGGGCGGGACUUCCCCUGGAGCUCCUGCAGCCGAGCGUUUUGCUGGGUGCCGGCUCCAGAGGAACCGAACUGCAGAGUUCAGGCUCCGGUCUGCUGCGUGGACCUGCUGCUGGACCGUCUCAGUACCAACAUCUGCCCUGGAUCUCCUCCAGGGGUUUGGGUCUGCAGCACCGACAUGAUCCUCAACAUCCCUCCGGAUUUCACUUUGUCCUGGAACGGCUUCUCUGGAGUUCGUGUUUUGGCGUUGCCGGGCGACGCCUCCUACGCAGCCGAUCACGGCGUCUACCUGUCAGACCCACAGGGUCAGGUCAGGGACAUUAUCUACAGGGGAACAAGGGAGCAGAUCCAACAGGCCGUGAUGCAUGAUGGGAAAGUUCCUUUGGUUUCAGGUCCGGUCUUCUUCAGCAGAUCCAUCUCAGAGAAGUUACUCCAGGCUCACGUGACUCCCCCUCUGGACGGCUGCACCUACCUGGGUCUGGACUCUGGAGCUCCGCCCCUACAGGUGUCUCUGUUCCUGGACCUGCUGAAGUGUCUUUGCUCAGAUCUGACCCAGGACCAGUUUGUGACUGAGGACAGAGCCGGCUGCAGUUCACCUGUCGGACCAGAAGGGGCGUCUGUGAGGCGGAGCAGGGCGGAGCUGUGGAGGCUCCUGAGAGGAGAGACCUGCACCCUGGCUUACGUCCCCGGCGGUUGCUAUGACUACCUGACUUUGUCCGGAAAGCAUCAUGUGCAGCGACUGUGCUGUGAUUGGAUGAACAGAAACACCCUGUCUCACAUCCAGGUGACACCUGUUUCCGCCUUACUAAAGUUCCGUCACGUCCUCACUCCUCACCGCGGCUUGUUCCCGUUUCAGAGAGAGAGCGCCGUGCGUGACGGGGGGCGGGUCAUCAAUGGCGUUCUGGAGGGAGACAUUGCCGUGGCAACAGGCGCAGUGGUGCAACACUGCCACCUGCAGGGUCCUCUAGAGGUUCCGUCGGGCUGUUUGCUGUCGGGUCUCCCGCUGAUGACAUCACAGUGCCUCAGGCAGCUACAGCUGGCCGAUGACAUCAUCAUCCAGGGACACCGGAUAGAGGUGGGGGGGCUGAAGCUGAGCGUCUACACGGUGACGGGAGCGCAGGACGUGCUAGAGGCCUCCUCUGAAGACAGCGGUGCCUCCUUCCUGAACCACGGAUGGAGUCUCUUCUUCAGCCGAACAGGAAUCCAGUCGGAGGAGUUGUGGGUGAGAGGAGAACGGCGCUCCCUCCUGGCGGCUCGCCUGUUCCCGGUCCUCCACCCAAGAGGAGGUGCUGUUGGUGUGGAGGAAGGUGUCGGCUGGCUACUGGGGGGGGGCGGCUGUCUGCAGAGAUGGAGGGAGGCGUGGAGGCUCUCCUUAAAGGAGGUGAUGUUGCUCACCUGUCAGGAGGCGGAGCUACAGUGGAGGGAGGAGUUACUGUUCCUGGCAGGGAGGAGGAGAGUGUCGGACGGCCUGAGGAGUCGCACCGACAUCUGCUUGCUGCCUUGCUUCAGGGCCGCGGUGCUGGGGGGCCAGCAGGGGAAGCUGCUGGAGACACUGGACAGCAUUGCAGCAGGGAGCACAAAGCAGGGGGCGGAGUCCGGUAAGGAGCUGGGCUUGGCCGCCCGCUGCCUCUCCUGCAUCGCUGACGUGCUGGUGUGCAUGGCGGGAGGGAGGGGCGGCCUGAGGAGCGGACCGGCCGCUAACGAGGCCUGGAGCUCCGCCUACUCCCUGUUGGAGAAAGGUGACCUGAAGGCAGGGGUGGAGGCUCUGGCCACACAGAGAAACCAUUGGCUGAGCAGACCAGACCUGCUGGUUCGGGCGGCACGGCACUACGAGGGCGCCGGGCAGGUGCUCCUGAGAAAGGCUGUGAUGUCAUUGCAAACCAUCAUCUCCAAUGGCCAGGGGGAAGUCCCGCCACUUGGUGAGUGGCAGGAAGUGGAGUGUCCGGCCCGACUGGACCUGGCAGGCGGGUGGAGCGACACGCCGCCCAUCGCCUUCGAGCACGGUGGCUCCGUGACCAACGUGGCAGUGAAGGUCGAUGGGCAGCGGCCUAUUGGCGCCCGGGCCCGUCGCCUCAGGGAGCCCCGCCUCCUGCUGGUCAGCCACAUCGGAGGGAGGGACAGCGGUGUUUCCACAGAGACGGUCUGCAAUGUCCUGGAUGACCUGAAGGACUACUCUCAGCCUCACGCACCCGGAGCCCUGCUGAAAGCGGUGUGUGUGUGCAGCGGUCUGGUGUCGCUGUCCUCCCAGCAUGCUCUAGGGGAACAGCUGAUGCGGCGGUGGGGGGGAGGGGUGGAGCUCCACAGCUGGUCGGUGCUGCCUACCGGCUCUGGACUCGGUACCAGCAGCAUCCUGGCGGGGGCGCUGUUGGCCGCAGUCUACAGGUGCACCGGUCAGACCUACGACACCAACUCCCUGAUCCACAGAGUCCUGUACCUGGAGCAGAUCCUCACCACAGGUGGAGGCUGGCAGGAUCAAGUGGGAGGGCUGGUCGGCGGAGUCAAGGUGGCUCGUUCCAGAGCGUCUCUGCCGCUGCAGGUGGAAGUAGAGCGACUCAAACCUCCAGACGACUUCCUGGUUGCUCUGGAGCGCCGCCUCCUGCUGGUCUACACUGGGAAGACUAGGCUGGCUCGCAACCUGCUGCAGGAUGUGGUUCGUAGUUGGUACAGUCGUCUCCCCUCGAUGGUCCAGAAUGUUCAGCAGCUGGUGGCAAACUCAGAGGAAUGUGUGAGGGCCUGCUCAGAAGGCUCCCUCUCCGGGCUGGGGGGUUGUCUGGACCGCUCGUGGCAGCAGAAGAAGCUGAUGGCGCCGGGCUGCGAGCCGGCCUCAGUGAGGAUCAUGAUGGAGGCGCUGAGGCCGCUGGUCCUGGGUCAAAGCCUGGCCGGGGCCGGGGGGGGGGGCUUCAUCUACCUGCUGACCCGAGAGCCCCGGCAGAGGGGGGCCGUGAUGCAGGUGCUGUCUGAGACGCAGGGUCUCGGAGACUUCAGUGUUCAUUUAGUGGAGUUGGACAUGGACGGGAUCAAAGUCCUCCCUACACCCUCCUGAGGACGCACACACACAGGAGGGGGUAGUAGUACAGUACUGUUCAAUAACAAUCAAUACUUUACAGCGUGAACUGAUAUAAAUGUUUUUAUAUUAUGAAUGUCAUAAUAAAGCUAAGAGAGUUUAUAAAGAAUAAA